AUGGCGGUGCAGGUGGUACAGGCGGUGCAGGCGGUUCAUCUGGAGUCGGAUGCUUUCCUGGUUUGUCUCAACCAUGCUCUGAGCACAGAGAAGGAGGAGGUGAUGGGGCUGUGCAUAGGGGAGUUGAAUGAUGACACAAGGAGUGACUCCAAAUUUACAUAUACCGGAACUGAAUUGCGCACAGUUCCUGAAAAGGUUGACACCGUCAGAAUUGUUCACAUUCAUUCUGUCAUCAUCUUGCGACGUUCCGAUAAGAGGAAGGAUCGAGUGGAAAUUUCUCCAGAGCAGCUGUCUGCAGCCUCAACAGAGGCAGAGAGGUUGGCUGAACUAACAGGUCGCCCCAUGAGAGUUGUGGGCUGGUAUCAUUCCCAUCCUCAUAUAACUGUUUGGCCUUCACAUGUUGAUGUUCGCACACAAGCUAUGUACCAGAUGAUGGAUCAAGGCUUUGUAGGACUUAUUUUUUCCUGCUUCAUAGAAGAUAAAAACACAAAGACUGGCCGGGUACUCUACACUUGCUUUCAAUCCAUACAGGCCCAAAAGAGCUCAGAGUCCCCUCAUGGUCCACGAGACUUCUGGAGUUCCAGCCAGCACAUCUCCAUUGAGGGCCAGAAGGAAGAGGAAAGGUAUGAGAGGAUUGAAAUCCCAAUCCAUAUUGUGCCUCAUGUGACCAUUGGGAAAGUAUGCCUUGAAUCAGCAGUCGAGCUGCCCAAGAUCCUGUGCCAAGAGGAGCAGGACGCAUAUAGGAGGAUCCACAGCCUUACGCAUCUGGACUCAGUAACCAAGAUCCAUAACGGCUCAGUGUUCACCAAGAACCUGUGCAGCCAGAUGUCCGCAGUCAGUGGGCCUCUCCUGCAGUGGCUGGAGGACAGACUGGAGCAAAACCAACAGCAUUUGCAGGAGUUGCAACAAGAAAAGGAAGAGCUUUUGCAAGAACUGUCUUCUCUAGAAUAA